UUUACUAGGUUUAAAAAAUGAAAUUUAAAAUGGAGCAAUGACCACUCCGGGUAGGAGGAGAAUAAUACCAGUAAAGUAUCGUGUAACAAUUUUAUGCGCAAAUAAUAUUGCAAAAAGAGAUUUUUUUCGCUUACCUGAUCCUUUUGCACGAAUUUCUGUUGAUGGUAGCGGUCAAUGCCACACCACUUGUUGUUUAAAGAAAACAGUUGAUCCAAAAUGGAAUCAGUAUUAUGAUUUGUUUGUAGCACACACUGAAUCAAUUACUAUAAGUGUAUGGAAUCAACGUAAAGUCCACAAGCGCAGAGGUGCCGGUUUCCUUGGUGCUGUAAAAGUUUUACCAACAGCCAUAGAAAGGUUAAAAGACAAGGGAUAUCACAGUUUGAAUCUUACAAAUGUCAAUUCAGAUGAUAAUGAAUAUAUUACAGGGCAGAUUACUGUUAGUAUAGCUUCUAAAGAAUAUAACAAAGGUCGCUCAGCUGUAGUUGAUCUGGUUGGCAAUGUACUUUUGGUUCCCAAUGAUGAUGUCUUGGUAACUAACCAUAUAUCAGGGCAUUCUGUUACUGUUCAAACAAACUCAUCUUUGCCUAAUUCUGCUGUGCCUAAUAUUUCAAUUCAAAACAGAAGAUCUGGAAAUGCCUGUUCAGAUACUUUUGCAAAUGAUAACAAUUUAGUUAAUGACCUAAAUGGGGCUAGUUUCCUACCUGUCUAUAUCUUCAAAAAACUACAUAGACAAUCAACUGAAAGAAGUAUUCCACUCCCUGCAGUUGAAGAAAAUAGUAUGGUAUCUUUUCCUUUAAAAAAAUUUUCGACAGAAUCUAAUAAAGCAGGUCUGCCUUGCAUACACUCUGGAAAUAACCAAGCUGAUAGACAUAGGUUAUAUUUAAAUAGAACACUUCUUCAUAAGGAUUCCACAGAAAAUUUUGAGCGCAGAACUACUCCUCAAGGGCAAGUCUAUUUUGUAAAUCGUGUUACCGGCCAAUCAACUUGGCAUGAUCCAACAUUACUUAAACAACCCAUUAGUAAUAAUGAUAAUAUUAAUAAAUUGCCAGAAGGUUGGGAAGUGCGGUAUACAGCAAGCGGAAGACAAUACUUUGUAGAUCAUAACACAAAAACAACACAAUUUGCUCAUCCUUGCAGCAACUCCAGCUCAUCUUCAAAUGGUCAAAGCAACAAGACUAUGAUCACAGAAAAAAAUGAAGAAUUGCCUCAAUAUAGGCGUGAUUUACUUCAAAAAAUCAAAACUUUCCGUGCUGAAAUUCAAUUACUUCAAUCAGAUGCUGGCCAUUUCAGAAUUGAAGUUUCUAGAGAUGAUAUUUUUGAGCUAUCUUAUCAGUCUAUAAUGAAAACAAAGGCUCGUGAACUUCGAAAGCGUCUUGUAGUCAAAUUUAAAAAUGAGGUUGGACUGGACUUUGGUGGUAUCGCUCGAGAAUGGCUGUACAUUUUAUCUCAAGAAAUGUUUAACCCUUAUUAUGGGUUGUUUAAAUAUUCAAAAGAUUCACAAUAUACUCUUGAAGUGAACCCUGAUUCUGGUGUAAAUCCGGAUCAUUUAUCUUACUUUCAUUUUGUUGGAAGAAUAGUAGGUAUCGCAGUAUUUCAUCAUCAUUACCUUGAUGGAGGUUUUACUAUGCCAUUUUAUAAGCAACUUUUAGGAAAGCCAAACACUUUAGAAGAUUUAGAGAGUGUCGAUCCUGAAUUAUAUCGAAGUCUGAAGUGGGUGGCUGAAAACAAAAUUAAUGACAUCAUUUUUCAAACUUUUGCUGUUGAACAUCUCUCAUUUGGUAAAACAACCUUAUAUGAUUUGAAAAAAGAUGGUAGCCAAAUACCUGUAACAGACGAUAAUAAGAAAGAGUUUGUGAAGUUAUAUGUAAACUAUCGUCUGCGGCAUGGUGUUGAAAUGCAGUUUAAAGCUUUUAUGAAAGGUUUUAAUGAGCUUGUCCCUCAACACAUUAUUAAAAUGUUCGAUGAACGAGAAUUAGAGUUGCUUAUUUGUGGUCUUGGAAAAAUUGACAUUGCAGACUGGAAGGCAAACACACGUUUAAAACACUGUUCCAAAGAUCAUAAUAUUGUACAAUGGUUCUGGGAGAUUGUUGACUCAUAUGAUGAAGAAAAAAGAGCAAGGCUACUUCAGUUUGUGACAGGAUCUUCACGUGUUCCAGUACAAGGGUUUAAAGCAUUGCAAGGUUCAACUGGUUCAAAUGGACCUCGAUUAUUUACCAUUAGUUUAAUUAAUGCUGACAUUGCUUCAUUACCGAAAUCUCACACCUGCUUUAAUCGAAUUGAUCUUCCAAAGUACGAAUCAAAAUCUCAGCUAUAUGAAAAGCUGACGUUAGCAAUCGAAGAAACAUGUGGAUUUAAUAUCGAAUAAAACAAAAGCUAGCGUUAGCAAUCGAAGAUUUAAUUUGUGUUCCAAUUAAGUUUAAAUUAUUUUUUCUAGGAGAGUUUGUUCUUAUAACCAUGACAACCUUAUAACCAUUCUUAUAACCAUGACAACCAUUUCUUAUAACCAUGACAACCAUUUAACCUUAGGUUAGUUCUUAUAACCAUGACAACCAUUUAACCUUAGGCUCCGUAAGCUUCUAAGUUGCAUAUUAUACAAAAUCGUUUGUGUUUUAUUUGUAGUUAUUUUGCUAUACUCAAAAAAUGAUUAAUAGACAUGCGUUUGGAGAUUUAUAUUUUGUAUUUAAAUGAUUUAAACGUGACAAAUAAGGAAAAUAAUUUAUCGCUGAACGUAGCCAUUCAUAGGUUAAAUGUUAGGAGUUUAUUAGUUUUAUAAGUGUUUUAAUUAUACACAAAUACAAAUAGUUCUUUAUUUAAUAUUUUUUUGCGUUUAAAUUUAUUUUUUUGUA